CCUUGCAGUUACGAGGAGCUAGCCGCGGCAAGCGGAUCGCACAAAUCCAUCCGACUCUAGACUCCAGCCCCCUUGUAAUCGCCACAUAGCCAAAACCAUCGUAACCAUCGUAAGAAAGCCAAACGAUCGUGAUAUCGGAACGGGGCCAGAAGCAAACCCAUAACCGUAGAUAACGGAGGCGCUACAAUGCUGAAUACCUUCAGUUCAGUGAGGCAGUACCUCAAGUUUGAUCUCACUCGGGUGGUCAUCGAUAACAUAGUGUUCAAGCUGCACUAUCGAUGGACCUUCGUGAUGCUCCUGGUGGCCACGCUGCUGAUUACGUCGCGUCAGUAUAUCGGUGAGCACAUCCAGUGUCUAUCCGAUGCCGUCAUUGCCCCGGUCAUCAACACCUUCUGCUUCUUCACGCCCACCUUCACAGUGGUACGUGAUCAAAACCACACCACCUACAGACCGGGAGGUGAGCCGCCGGGAAUAGGACAUUAUGAUCCUGAAAAGGACCAGAUCAAGCGGCAUGCCUACUACCAGUGGGUGCCCUUCGUCCUGUUCUUCCAGGCGCUCUGCUUCUACGUGCCCCACUUCCUCUGGAAGAAAUGGGAGGGCGGCAGGAUCAAGGCCCUGGUCUUCGGACUCAAAAUGGUGGGUCUAACCAGGUACCUGAAGAACGACAGUCUGCGGAUCGGCAAGCUGAACAUUCCCUCCAUGGCCGAGGCCGAGGAGCGCGUCAAGGAUAUUCGUAGGACAAUGAUAGACAGGAUGCGGUUGAACCAGUCGUGGGGUGCCCACUUGGUCUUCGCAGAGGUGCUCAAUCUGGUGAACCUGCUGCUGCAGAUUACGUGGACAAAUAGGUUUUUGGGCGGACAGUUCCUAACCCUGGGACCGAAGGCUCUUAAGAAUCGGUGGUCCGACGAGAUGAGCAUUCUGGACUUGGUCUUCCCCAAGGUGACCAAGUGCAAGUUCCACAAAUUUGGUGACUCGGGCUCCAUUCAGGUUCACGAUACCCUCUGUGUGAUGGCACUGAACAUCAUGAACGAGAAGAUUUAUACCAUCUUGUGGUUCUGGUACUCCUUCCUUUUGGUUGUUACCGUUCUGGGACUGGUUUGGAGAAUCUUCACCCUGUGCUUCUACAGAAACGUCACCUUCACCCGCUGGUCCCUGUACUGGGCAAAGCCUGGCCAACUGGACGAGAAGGAACUAUCGGCUGUGAUCGACAAGUGCAACUUCUCCAACUGGAUGUUCCUGUUCUUCCUGCGCUCCAAUCUCUCGGAGUUCCUAUUCAAGAAGGUCAUCUAUCACCUGGCCAGCGAGUUCCCCAAUCCUGAUCACGACAACGACAUCAACGCCUAUCGAGAGGCACCGUCAACGCCCUCAAAGUCCCGGUAUCCGGACAUCAAUAGUCUGGAUACGGUGGAUGCCCCCCUUUUACACCUCCGACAUCCUGCCACGCCCCCGGCGGGUGGUGCCACGGCCCCCAACGACUACCAAGGGCCAACGACUUCGGAGCUAGCCAAGCUACCUGUUUAAUUUAUGCAUUUCAAUUAACGCUAGGCAAUUAAUUAUUUGAGCUUUGUCUUGUUUACACCUGUUUUUUUUUUAUAUGAUCAUUUCAUUUUAAAUAUAUUUUUAUUUUUAAGAGA